AGAAUAAAACGAAAAGUUUUUCCGAAAGUAUUAAUCUCUCAAGUAACAAGAAUGAAUCCAGCGUGCAGGAUGAACCUGGAGAGCAGGGAGUGCCAGGAUUGGAUGAACGAGGUGUGUGCCCACUGCGCCCACCUGCUGCCCAGCUCGGAUGAGGCGGAGCUCUGGGACAAAUGGUGGUCAGAUGAGUUGCCCGCUCCCUUUAAAACCCGGGUUAAUCUGAUGUCCGCCUACGACUGCCACAAGUUGCGCAAGGAGGUGGCCCGCCAGGUGAUGGCCCACGGGGAUCGUGAGUGGUACGAGGAAGUUGGCAAUCCAGUCUCCUGGACCGUUGCCCAUCUGAUCCUCGUGAUCCUGGUGAUGGCUUCCGCUGUGAUAGCCAUGGUAUUUGCCUUGAAAAUGUUAUACGAUGGAAUGAGACGGUGGUCAAGGGGAGUGAAAUGUCCACCAAAGGAGGUGAUGCGCGAGAAGAAGACCCCGCCACCUACUCCUCCUCCUCCUCCGGCUGAUGUGGAGACCCCCAUCCAGAAAGAUCUCUGCAAGCCCACUAAGCAGCCCAAAUCCUUCAUCUCCUUCGGCCGGACCAGCGACCCACGCACCCGUUUCGGUCCUUACAAGAACCAGAAGCUAGUCAAGACCGCCUCCAUGCCGGAAUGCCAGCUGGAGGAGUUCAAACCCAAGACCAAGUCAAAACCAAAUCCAACACCCCGAACGGAUGAGCAAAGCGACCAGCACGUCGAACGGCAAUCGGCGAAAAACAAAUCGGCCACAAAAUAACCGUCCUGGGAGCCCAAGUCCUGGCCAAAAAAAUCGAAAACAAAUUCGAGGGCUGUCGGAGCUGUGCUCAAUCGCGGAUAAGAUUUAUGAAAUGUGUUCCGCCCCGAUUUGUUCUCUUUUUCCUGGAUUGCUUCUGGGCGAUUUCGGUUUCCUUUUUUACGUAGCCGUGCAGCGGCGAAACACAAAAACAAAUAAAUAUUCAGAUGGUGGCA